AUGAAGACCGACAAGCACUUUCACUGUAACAUCUGUCAGCGUGGGUUCACGCGUACUGAUCACCUCAAACGCCACCAUUUGCGCCAUUCUGGCCAGAAACCCUAUUCCUGCAUAUUCUGCAAUGACUCGUUCGCGCGAUGUGAUAACCUGCGCGACCAUUAUACCGAUUGCGCUAGGCGCGGAGAUCGCGAAAUUCCUGAGACCGGUCAGAGGGGUAGGCGACGACAUGCCUGUCAAACAUGUACCUCGAUGAAAUUGCGAUGCGAUGGACGAAGCCCUUGCGGAUCGUGCCAGAAGAGGAACUUGAUGUGCAACAACGAGCGGACGGCAGGCCCGGCCCACAUAGCGAUCGAAGAAGGUCCAAGCCUCGAGUCGAACCAGUCGCAAUGGAAGUCUCCAACCCAUACAGAAAUAUCGGCGAAACAGGAAAUCUCCGAAGAGCCAUCAUCCGACCGAGGAUCGAUCAAGUUCCUACUUAAUGGUGGCACCGAUAGCUUUACAAAAAACUUUCGACUUCCUCCACACAGUGAUCGAGGGCUCAGUCUCAAUUAUCAUAAUAGAAAUGGCCUCGAAGAACUUCAGGGUACAGAGUUUCCAUACAACGUCGAUGGCGGCUUCAUUGAUUCUGACUCCGUCCCGCCGCAAUUCUUCCAAGAUACAUUCCUGGACUUUUUACACGGCCCUUUUGGUGAUGGACAGAAGCCCACGGAGAAUCCAUAUCAUACAGGUGAGCUGGGCUACCAGUUCGUCAUCCCUCCGGGACAGCAUCCUAGUACAUUACCCGGAGAUGAAGCUAUCUUUGAACCGGAGCGACCAUUUGCGAUGGCAUUAAUUCAAUCAAUAUUGGCACAAGCGUGGCAGGUCCCGCUUGAUUCUAAAGCGCAGGACGAGGUAUCUGCGAAUCUAACAUUUAUGUUGACGACAGCGCGCAUACGAAAAUACAUCACGCUCUAUUUCAAAUACUGGCAACCUAGCUGUGCAAUGCUUGCUAUAUCAUUUGACCCGGAGGUAGUUCCCCUGUCGCUCUUAGCCGCGGUGGUCUUUAUGGGCGCCAUGUACAGUAGCGACCAGAGGGAAGUAUACGCCGCUAGGAGAGUGCUGGAUUUUGCAGAGCUAUUCGUCUUUGCGAAUGACGUGUUUUCGACUGAGAACGAAAUCAGCGCCAUGUUCUCGGGUGGCCGAUGCAAUGAGGAAAAUAAUGAUUGGAGUUGGUUCCAGAACUUUCAAGCCGGGCUUAUCAUCACCAUCGUCCAAUACUGGGCGGGAAACCGCUUGUCUCGAAAUCGCGCGAUGGAAAAUCGAUUCAGCGAGGUUGUGAAGGUUGCUCGACGAAUUGAACUUGUGAAAGCCCGUCAUCUUCCUGAUGACCAGGUCCUUGAGCACUUAUGGAUCCAAAAGGAGUGCCGGAUAAGGACUAUCUCUAUAAUUUCACUGCUCGAUUGCGCAUUCUUCUUCUAUCAAAAUUACCCCUGUCGCCUGACACACACUGAAAUGGAAUGCGAUCUGCCCUGCGACGAAUCCGUUUUCUUCUCUGAGCACCCGUUCGCCGAGCCAAACUUUUGCUUUUCACGCGGCCUGAUGCUUUCGGGGGCUUUUGAAAAUCUAUUUGACGAAGCACCCGAGUCUAAUACGAUGAAGCUCACUGCUUUGGACAUGUUUAUCCUGAUUCAUAGUCAUUUCAAAAAUCCCAGGAGAAGUGCCGGAAUUGGCACAAAUGACACCAGCAAGAUUCCUGAAGAUUCUAUCCUCAUUUCCAUCCGGACUGCUCUAUCCCGCUGGCGUGAUUACUGGAUUGCACUGCGCAAUGGAGUCACAAGUGACGAAUGGGCAUCAAUGGGGUUCUAUAAGAAUGGUUAUAACUUUUGGCUUGUAUCGCAACUGCUUAUCACCAACAAGAAUGCUGUUGAUGUGGUGAUGCAGAUGGAAGUCCACUGCGAAGAUAAGUUGGAGAAGCUAAAGGUGUUGCUGCUUGACGACCAGGAAGAAUUAUAA